UGCUCUCGCUUAGUGCAAAGUAGGCUACGACCACGACUAGAAGAUGCUCAUUUAGUGCUGCGACGUCGACUGGUGAUAAUUUGUAUCGCGUUAGUGGAUCUGGUUCGGAUCGCAGUGUGCCAUGCGAUGACCGCGCUGGUGUCGUUGCAAGGUGGAUACAACAAGCAAGUUUCCCAACGCCAAAACAAAACACCAGACAUAUUGCUGUCCAAAAGUUUGACCACCUGUUCAGCUCAAUCCUCCCACCAUGCGUCUCCAUCGCACACUCAGCAUGCCAUGACUGAUGGAUGAAGCUGCCGCUGCACCGCGCCAACUUGGAUUACAAACAGAGCGACAUAACUUCUUGCGGUUCAAGAGCACGCUUUUCCACCCACCACCCAGAAUCCGCCUGCUCGGAUCCCCCACCGUUAUUUUUUUCUUCUGUUGAUGAUGACGAUGAUGACGACUAGUAGGUACAUAACACAGCAGGUUGUGGACGUUUAUUACGUUCUCUCACCGCACAGGCAGGCCAACCAACCGUCCGUGGUGACGGGCAGGUGUUCACCCGGUGAGUGAGCGAUUCGUGAGUGGGGGCGAUCAGGUGCGCCUGCGCACAGAGAGUGAGAGCGCGUUCCGUGCCGAUUCGUGGCCAACUGCGAUCCUCCACCGGUCAGGACGAGUUAGUAUCGGAUGAACGCCGAACGCGGCCACAGCGGAGACACUCGGGCGAAUCGGGACGACCGCGGAGUACGGAGUAGCAGCAGCAGCGCAGCACUGGCCAACUGCGAUUGCCAGCGAGUGUGAGGUGUGAAGGAAACUGGAGUGGAAAACUCACAGUUGGGGCAGUGAGUUUUCAGGCAGGCUGAACUGAACUGACAACACAGCGGCGGUGGCAGUUAAUCAAUUUUUAAAGAGUCCCACACCAACGCAAAACGCACCAGCUGGCUGGCUCAAGCUUUUUCACGACGACGAAGAGAGUGAGUGAGUGAGAGCGAGAAGGUGAGAGGGAGAGUGGAUCAAGAAAAGUGCACGGGGAAAACCAACAGCCGUUUGGUCCCGGGUUUUCCCAGCAAAUCCAGAAAACGCGAAGCAGGAAAAAGCAGUGCACACACGCGUGAGAGGAAGAGGAUCCAAGUGAGCGGUGAGUUCGAUGAGGACGAGCAGUGAGACAAUCAGCUGCUCACGCGCCAAUCGGAGAAGCCUACUACGACGACGACAACUGUGGGCUGUUUGUUUUCGGUGAGGUCCUCGCUGCUGACUGCCUGGUGGAUAGCGCCUACUGCGACGGCGAAUGUGUGUGUAUGUAAAGUGUUAUUUCCAAUUACGGCAAGUGUGCAGCAGCGAGUUCUAAAGUGAGGUGCUUUAAUUAGUGAGCUCGGUGAGGCCUUGGACCGGGGAAAAAGCGUUACCCUUGGUCCUUGGAACCGCUUCAUCCGAAAGCGAGCAGAGCAAGUGGCAGAGAUGUUACCACAAGGAAGGUAGUUUGUGAUGGAAUUCAAAGGUUGAGGAAGUGCAGACGACGACGACGAGGUGAAAUUAAUCGAUUAUAUCGGCAGAAGAAGAAAGGUGGGAAGAAAAGCAAACACAAACAGCCGAGCACAAACAAGAAAAACAAGCAAACAAGGAGCAGCAGCAGGUGAAGAAGGAGCAGCGUCGACACCAUGGGUUGUGAGCUAACGAAAUUAGCCAGUAGUAAUGGGGGUGGCUCCAAAGGUAACAAUGUCCCAAGUCUGGACGCCUGCGGACCACCUCCAACGGACAGCCGGUUACCGCUCACUGCCAAACAGAAGUACACGAUGGUGGCCUCGUGGAAGGGCAUCAGCCGAGCGAUGGAGACCACCGGGAUUGACAUGUUUAUCAAACUAUUCGAGGAACACUCCGACCUGUUGAACAUGUUCGCCAAGUUCAAAGAGCUCAAAACAAAGGAGGAGCAGGCCACGUCCGAGGAGCUGGCGGAGCACGCCAACAAGGUGAUGACGACGCUGGACGAGGGCAUCCGCGGCCUCGACGAUCUGGACACGUUCUUCGAGUUUAUCCACCAGGUCGGGGCGUCCCACCGGAGGAUCCCCGGCUUCAAGCAGGAGUACUUCUGGAGAAUAGAGGAACCGUUCCUGUCGGCGGUCGAGAACACCCUCGGCGACCGGUACACGCAGAACGUCGAAGGAAUUUACAAGCUGACCAUCAAGUUCAUCAUCGAGACGCUGGUCACCGGCUUUGAAUCAAGUGCCAACAAUAACGACGAUGUCAACAAUGCAAACCUGGGGACGAGGUCCUCGACGGCGGCAACGGCCAAGGCGACGGCAAGUGGUUCCGAGGACAAAAAGACCUCUUGAACAACGUAACAAUAGACGGGGAGAAUCAUCACACACACACACGAGCCCAAACUAGUAACCUAACCUAACAAUCGAGAGUCGAGUCGAGAAGGUCGUCACUUUGAGUAAGUCAUGCGAAUGAGAACGAGAACGAGAGAAAGAGAGAGAGAGAAAAUGCACCGCGCGCGUAUAUAAACCGUAAACGAGAGUGAGUUUUGAAUCAAAUGUGAAUUAUUUGUGCUAGGCGCAACGUCUCGCAACGUCAUUAUCGAAGAAACUGGGGCGUGAAACACACAUCCAUGUCCAAUAGGAGAGAGAGGGAGGAACAACACACUCACACUGACAGACAAAGGAACAUCGCGAAACAAAAGACCGGACAAGAAGCACACAAAUAAGCAGAAAAAAAAAACACAAACACGGUAAAAGUGUGUGUUUUCCAAAAAUAGAGAUAACACGAGCCCCACCUCCCUGAACUUUGCGCAAAACUCACAGGUCAUAGAACAGAAAUGAAGAAACACACACACAAUCACACACACUGAAACACACACACUUUUGUAUACUAUUCUCAAAAUAUAACGAAACAAAAAAAGUAAGCAGAAAUGUGCAGGACACUCGAAACUUUUUGUAUGCAUUUAAACAUUUAUAAGAGCAGGAAAAUAGACUCAAACACACACACACAAGCCAAAACACAGACAUACAGACACAGAAACAGGGUCGGAAGCGAAAACUUUUACUCGCCUGAACGGCCAACGGGAACAUACGGACGGAUGAACGGACGGAGUGACGGGCGGUGUCAUAAAACCCCUGCAGAAACAAGAGCACUAACUAUACUUUACUAUAUUGGAGCUGUUGGGAGAAAGAGAGGGAGAGACUCAGAGUCCCCAUAAUACAUCUUCGUAUCUUCGUUUUGGAACGGUCAUUUGAUAUCAUUCCCAACCACCCCACCGGAAAGUGUCAUGGGCGUGGGGAGGAGGUCCUGAUACUAAACGAGGAGGUAAAAGUGAGGUAUAUCGCGCACUCCGGCAGCAUAAAAAGCGUUUUUAUUGAACAAACAUACGAUGGAUUGGUACAGCGGGAGAGGUGCAAACAGUAACGGUCGAGAGAAAUAUUACAUCGGUCUUAAAGUUCUUGAAAUAGCUUUAAGCAGACUUUUUUUGUUAUUUUAAACUGGUAAACAAACGAUUAGACUUUUGACAACUUUUAGUACCAUGACAUGCCGCAAUCUGAAAUGGGGGCGCUGCCGUCUUUUUUCAUCAUCAAGCGAAAACUCGGGACUUUUUAGCUGUAGGUUCUCCCGGAGAAGUUCCAUUGCAGGGACUUUGGCGGAACCGUAUGAGAACGGUGGACAAAAUGGAUGUUGAGCUUUAAGUUCUGGUAAGUUUAAGUAGGUAAAAUUUUCACAAAACUCAAAAUGUACAACAAUAGCUGGCCUCCACGGCUAUCUUUCAACAAUGCAGGUUUUGUUAAAUAGUUACCUGUUAUACCGGAACUUGCAAAAUUGAGCAAGCUGCCAAAAAGCUUAUGCGCCCUUUUCAAAUGUUGCUUCAGAGUUGAACUUCAUUGGAGCACCGGAUUCGAGUGGUAGAAAUGACAGUUCUCCCAUAAGGAAUAUAUUGUAGAAAAAAGCUAAAACUGCUCGAAUGGAAGAGCUCCAUUCACAUUCAAUUCGUUGAAAUUUAUAAAUUUCCAAAAGGUCUAAAAUUUCUUAACUUUCUUUGAUUUCUUGAAUCUCUUGAAUCUCUUGAAUUUCUUUUUUUUUAUUGGUUUGAAUUUAUGGAAUCUAAAAUUUCUUGAAUUUCUUAAAUUUCCAGAUUUUUCUAAAUUUUAUGAAUUUAAAAUUUUCAGAACCUCUUAAAUUCCUUGAAUUUUUUAUGGAUUUCACGGAAUUUUUAAGAAUUUCCUGAAUUUCUUGGAUUUCUUAAAUUUGUUGAAUUCUUUGAAUUUUUUGAAUUUCUUGAUUUUUUUUAAUUUCCUGAAUUCUUGGAUUUCUUGAAUUUCUUAUUUUUUUAAAUUGGUUUGAAUUUCAAAAAUUUUAAAUUUUCUGAACUUUAU